CAAUUGCUUUUCACACAGAGAUCACACACCUGUAGGCCUGUAUUUUUUUAUAUUUUUACGUUGGCUGGUUAAAAACACAUAGAAAGUGAUUUCAGUGUUCUUUGUAAAAAAAAAAAUAAAAAAUAAAAAAUCAAUUGCAAAAACAAUACUAAUCAAUACUUACAAGAAUAUGAGAGUGCCUAAAAGUAGACAGUAAAGAUAGUUUUAUCGCGGUCUGGUAUUUAAAUAACUCUACAUGGUGUUUUAUUAUGUGCAAUAACAUGUACAACAAAUAAAAAUUAUUAUAUGCAUAAAGUUUUAUUAUAGAGAACUCCGGGUCCCCUCCUGCCUGGAUGGACGUGUGAAUCCGCGCAUGCGCUCUGCCGCCUCUGUCCGCCAGGGCGGUGAUCUGUCUCCCUCUCUCUCACACACACUCUUUCUGUCUGUCUCUCUAUCACUCUCUCUCUCCCUGGGAAAAACCCGAGCAGGAGGAAAGCAGCAGAAGGGGGAGGAGGAGGACUCCUUCUUCUUCUUCUUCUUCUUCUUCUUCUUCUUCCGAUACAGCGGCAGCGGCAGGAUAUUUAGAAAAAAAAUAAUUAAAAAAUCCACGCACCAAACCCCCCGGUGCGGAGCGGUAGAGGAAGAAAAAAAAACACACGGAUGUGCCUCCGAAAGCGCAGCGGAUACCGCCCUCCGGACCUUAUUAAUGCCAAGAUUGAGAGGUCCGAGGCAGAAGGGGGGAUGACAUGCAUGUGUCCGGCCUGCUAACAUCGCUGACGACUCGUACACUAACCAACUGCCCGCCCUCACGACAUGACGGACGUACUGUACACAGGUCCGAUCCCGGCCGAGCGAGGGGGCGAGCUGGCCAUGGGGGGGGGUCGCAGCGAGACCUCGGCGCUGAGCGGGACGGGAGGGGGGCGUGGCAUGACCACUACCCAGAAUUCCCAACGGCCCAACGCCUGCUGCUUCUGCUGGUGCUGCUGUUGCAGCUGCUCAUGUCUCACCGUCAGGAAUGAAGAGGAGAGGCGGAGGCGGAGGAGGAGGAAGAGAAUAUCACAGGACACCAAGAUGGAAACCAUACCAAACUGUGAAGCUUGCACCAAACCCUCAGUGGAAGAGAUCCGGCUCUGGUCUCAGUCCUUUGACAAGCUGAUGAGGAACCCGGCAGGCAGGAAUGUUUUCCGGGAGUUCCUGCGGACGGAGUACAGCGAGGAGAACAUGCUGUUCUGGUUGGCCUGCGAAGACCUCAAACAGGAAAUCAACAAGAGCGCCAUCGAGGAGAAAGCGCGCUCCAUCUAUGAGGACUAUAUUUCCAUAUUGUCACCAAAAGAGGUGAGUCUGGAUGCCCGAGUUCGAGAGGUGAUCAACAGGAAGAUGCAGGACCCGACGCCUCACACGUUUGAAGACGCCCAGCUGCAGAUCUACACACUGAUGCACAGGGACUCCUACCCACGAUUCCUCUCCUCCAACAUCUACAAGUCGCUCAUUCACGGCGGCUCACGUACCUCCUCUGAAUCCUAGUCCCACACCGCCUCCACCUUGUCCUCCUCUUCUGAUCCUACACUGACAGGAUUGAUGCCAGACCAUUUCAUCGCUUCUCUCGCACACUCCUCCAGGUCCAAAACUUUCCAAAAAUGAUCAGACUCCUCCUCAGUUCACUUCUCCUUUUCUCCGAAUUCCAAAUCUCUCCAAUUACUGCCAAGACUUUCUUCUCUUUUUUGUUCCUCUUCCUCCUCAUAUCUUAAACUUGUAGUACUGUUGCCAAGAGCUCCUCUCUUCUCCUCUUCUGGUCUCUUCUCUCUAGUUGACUCCUCUCUUUCCAGCUGUUCUCUCCUUCUUGAUGUUAAAACUUUCAUUUUGCUUUUGUUCCUUUCUUUUUCUCCCUUAAUACAUUCUCCUCUACUUUCAGGUAUAGUGUCAGGUGUCUUGAAAGGCUUCACGUUCAUAUAUGAACAUAUUAAAUAUGAAAUAUUUGUCUUGGAAUUAUUGUGAAAUCUGAAGAAAAAACAACAGAAUUCAUUUAGAAAAUGUGAAGAUGUAAUUUGACAGUAUCUCAAAAUGUUCCAUUUUUUGAAUUUAUAGCCAUAAAUACUUAACAACAUGAAAUUGUGGAGAUUUUAAGAGUAAAAAACACCUCUUAAACAGUAGUGAGACCAUUAUGGGAAAUGAAAUUUAUAUUCAUGAAAGUUAAAUUAACAUUGGCUCAAGUUUGAAAGCAGAAUACAUUACCUAGCAAUUCAGAGAUUUCUUUUUAAAGGCCAAUGUUAACAUGCAUUUGUGAACAGACCCAACUGAUGCUGCAUUUUAAAGGCGGAUAUUAUUAUUGAAGAGUUGAAUGAAGUCAGUAAAUAACAUUAAUGCGCAACAAGCAAACAUUUUUUAUCAUUUUGACAAUAAUAAUCAAUGAAAAUAAUCAAUCUGAAGGUCUGCUUUCUGGAGCUUUUAACCACGUCUUCGUCUUUCUGAGCUGUUUGUACAGUUUAAAAGGUUUGAUCGCCUGCUGAGGACAACUGUCAGAUGUGGGUGAAAGGCUCAGACAAAGCUAGUGAGUGGAUCAGCUUUUAAAAAAAUCCUAUUAAAAUAUGUCAAGAUGCACUUACUGACUUUCAACCACAUCUCAUGGUCUUCCUCAGCGGCUGGUGGUUGCACAGUUCGAAGGUUUAAAGCAAACCGAAAAACAAUAACAAUAGAUUUUCAAACUACUGUUUCAAAGAUCAGGAAUGAACAGUGGUGUUUUUGAACAAACCUGUCAUUUCCUUAUUGGCCAUGCAGCUAUAUCAGUCAGGCUCAGUUCAUCAAGUUGCAGGUUUAGGCUGUAACCUGUUUUUAAGAUUCCUAAAGCUGCUGAACACACUUUACUUUCUCUUAUCUCUCUCCUGGAAUCUCUUCAUUUCUGUCAUCUGCUGUCCCUCCACCUCCGUCCUUCAUAUGCUUCAUCGUUUUCCUGUUUUUCACCUCUACAUCGACUCCUGAAUGGAGAAAGAAGCGAUCUGGGAUGUUUAAGUAUUUCUUUGGGAUAUCAUCUACUGUUACGUGGAGAUGUACGUAUUACUUUGGGAGAUUUUAAUGCAUUUCAAGGGGAGAAAUAUUCCUCUGUGCCAUGGAUUCUUAGUGGAUUUUUACCAGUUUGCCCCUCCCCUCAUAACUGUCCAGUCACCUUUAAGAGCCAAUUAAAGGUGGACGUCACUGACUUCCGCCCACCUCAUCGCCUUGUUUUUCAUCCUUCGGUUGCCUCUACUUCGGGACUGACAGUAGGCAUAAUAAAAAGAUGGAUGCUGUCUCAUUCCCUUUCUUUCUUUCUUUUUCUCUCUUUCAACUGGAAAACACAGGGUGCUCCCGCUACAAACAACAAAAAACGUUGUUUCUUCUUUUUGUUGUUUAUUUCUCCCCCUUCGUUUGCUGGAUUAAUCAUUUCACUCAUGUGAUAAACCAAUGGACGAAUGGAUGGAUGUCACUUCCUUCCAACUACUGAUUUACAAACAGACAAGAUGUCUAUUUUUUAAGAGAAAACUCUAUAUGGAACAUUUUAAUUAUGUUUAUUUUGUUUAGUUUUUUGUUUUUUUUUUUGUUUUUGUUUAGUUUUUUUGUCCCAUUCUCUCCCGUUCCUGGAAUUUUUUUGCAAGAAGAGGAGGAUUCCUCUGAGGCUGUACUGAUCCCCACCCGAAGCAACACCACAGACACUGCAAUAAAACACUGGAGUUUAGAAAAACAACACAUGUACAAAUACACACACAUGCACGCAUUUACAGUAUUUGUGUUACUAUACUUCCAGGGAACUUUCAGUAACUUGUCAAUACAAGUCCUUCCCAUCCAAACCGUUGAUAUUUAGCAAGAUGUGUCUACCAAAUUAGACACCAAGAGUUACCUCAGGGUGAUUGUGUAAUAUUUCAGAAUGUUAAGGGAUCUGUGCUGUGAAACAUUCAGAUGUAGUAUAGUUAUAAAACAAUAGUUAUUAAAAAAAAGAAUUCACCCUGCUGAGGUUAUUAGCCUCCAUGCUAACGUUUCAUUUUUCAAACCACCACAGACCUUCACCAUUAUUUAAAAUAUAGCAAUUAUUCAUCCAUUUUAAUACACCCUUUAAAUGUUAACUAUAUGUUAUCCAGCAUUCUGUCCUUUUUUAAAAUUAGUUUAAUUUUGAAAAUUGGAAUUGUAGUGAAGCUGAUCAAUAAAUUGAUCAUUAGUUUUAAGUUUGAUGUGUUUUAGAUCCGGACUGAUGGACAAAACAAAAAGUUAAGAUGGCUCUCUCAAUUUAACUUAAUCAAACAGUAACUCGCAGAUUAAUCUGUGAGAAAUGUAUAUAGUUACAGCCAUAACUGAGAAGAAAGAUCCACAAACAAUAAUAACAAUAAUUUAUGUAACGUGUUUAUUUCAUAUAGAUGUUAAUGUGAAUCUUUAAAAAAUUCAUACCAUCUUCUACUUGGUAAUGAAAAAAUAAAUUUGCAUAAAGAUGGAAAAAAUGAAAUCGCUCAUAUGUGUUUUAAACUUAGAGGGGUCUAAGUUGUCCUUAAAAGUAUAGUAAUACAAACACACAUACACACACACACACACACACCAGGGUGGCCUACCUGGGCACUGCUGCUGCUGACCUCUGCCUCUGUGACCUCUCAUCUUUGACCUCACCACUGUCCGUUGCCCUCUCGGACGCCUGCUCCUGAUUAGUAGCUGGACGCCGCAGGGCUGAUCUGUGGUUGGUCAAUUCAGGAAGGGGGGUGGGAGGAAAUCCCAGGUGCAAAAAAAAAUAGAUAUAUUAAUGACAAACAACUAAUAAAAAUAUAUAUAGAGAAAAAAAAAAUAUACCUAUUAUGUGAGAUGGGACGCUUACACCCAGUGCUUCAUGGGAAAUGUAGUUUGAGGAAAACAAAUGUUUGUAGUUGUCUGCGGAGGCAGAGACAACAGAUUUUAAAAAAGAGAUGCCUAGGUCUUAACCAGACUGGUCACUCAGAAUGCAUUUAUCUUAGUAUUGUUAAUGUUAUUUAUUUUAUAUUUUGUUAAAACUGUGAUUUUAAUUGUACAUAUAUAAACGGAAACCCUUGAACAUCCAA